ACACAAACACAGAAGAACCUCCCUUUUUCAGCUCUGCUCUGCGAUAUUCCCGGAGUCGGUCGGCGCCUUUUUUGAAAAGUUCAGAAAACUCAAAAGCCUCUACUGAGCCCUAACCCACUGCCUCAAUUGCGGAACGGGUCCGGGUAACAGUUACCCGGGUUUAAGAUUCAGGGGUCAAAAGAAAAAAUAAAUUUGAUAAAACAUCGAGGAGAUCACUGUCUCUGCAACUCUUCAGUGGUGUUUGAAAUGGCAGCAAAGAAGAAAUCGGGAAAAAGAGCUCAGGCAGACCGAGGAGAGAAUGAGAACGGCGGUUUAGCUGAGUCUGCCGCGGUCCUGAUCUCCAAAAAGAAGAAAGCGGCCGAGGUCAGGAACAAGAUCUCGAGUUUGAUGAUGAGCAAAGAUGAUCUGAGUGUGGAAGAAUGCGAAAAGUUCUUGAAGCAAAAUCUUCGGCUUCUUGUUAUUGAUCCUGCUGAUGAUUUGGUGGCGAGGGUUGAGUUGUUUAAUACUGCUACGUGCAAAGCUAUGAGUGAAAUGAGCUUGGAAAGUAUCGCGAAGCUGCUGAGCUCUUCAUCUGAUAAGAGCGAUACCGAAUCAGAGGACGACCACAAGAGCCUACAGAUCUUGAUUGCCUGCCGCGCAAUUUUCACAAACACCCCUCUGCUGACAGACGAGCGAUCGACCGCGAAUGGAGUCAAAGAGCUGAUUGAUGUUGUUCUAGAAGUUGUCUUUCUAAACAACGCUCUCCUCAGUGUCACGGCAGGCGAGAUCCUGAGUGAAGCCAUCGCUUCUCUUCCUAGCCGUCUACUGCCUUCUUCGUCACAGACUCAUAUCGUCCAACGAUUGGAAGACCACGACGGCUUUGACCUCUUUUCUGCAUUUGGAUCAGGUGUUUUAUUAGCAAUCAUGCUCCGCGAAGACUACAAUCCCAAAACACUCCUGCAAGUCAAGUUCAAGAACGACGAGUCCUUGAAGAAAGACUGGAUUAAGGAGGGUCCACUCAUCGGCAAAGGCGUCUUUCGCAAGGUCCACAAGAAACUUGACAAGUGUAGUCAUCUGAGACCCUCGCUCUUGCAAAUCGACGGGCGCUCGCCGGGGGAGUGGAACAAAGAGGGCGACGCGGUAUGGCACGAGCAACCUUCUUUCGUAUAUACCUUCACUGCUCGUUUUCUGUCCGCUCGAUCUGUCAAGGACCACGCGUUGGUUCCUAAAGAUUACUGGUCCUCCAUACUUGAGCCAUUAACUCUCUCCCAAAAGCUGAACACGAUAGUGCACUAUAUUCUUCCGAACCUCUCAAGCGAUCUGUGGAAGCCGCUUCUGUUGAUUCUGGGAAAAGCAGACGGCAAGCCACUCAAAAACGCCGGCUCAGGAUUUUCGAAAUGUCUCGUGAGCGCUUGCAGAGAUGAUUCAAAGAAAACCGCAAAGAUCUUGAAGGACUGUCUCGAUGCCGAACUUAAUGAGGAGCUGUUUUAUUCGCAGAAGGAGAGUCCUUUUGUCGAUUUCGUAUCGACCAUCGCCGAUGAAGAGAUACUAACAAAAGUAGCGAGCGUGCUGAGCGACGCCGCCAAGUCGAAAAAAGAGAACCGUGCGAUUAUUUUCAGAUUCGCACACGAACUAAUCUACGCGACAAGAAACCAGAUCUACGCAGACGACAGCUGGCGCAGAUCUCUAAUCAACACUCUUCUCGCGCUCAGUUCGGCCAAAUUCCUACUGUCGACCGAGCCAGAUGCGAAUCUCGCGCGCAGGCUCGAGAGCAGUUUACGCCAGAUGGCGGAUAUCAAGGCAAAGUCGGCUGUCUGCUUCAGAGACGAGAAGGGUGACUUGGUGCCGUACUCUGCGGUCGUGCUGGGAGGUCUUACUGCGGUGGUCAAGCGCGGCAGUGUGGCUGAUCCAAAGAUCAGUAGUAAAUUGAUCAUUAAAUGCAAUGAGCUGCUGGAAAAGGUCAAGCCGCUGAGAGAGACUCUAGGCGAACAAUGCGCAUUCAUUGAUCUGCUACUUCCGACAUGCGUGCUUCUACACUGUCACCACAGUCUUGAGUCUGACGAACUCGCCGAUGCGCUAAAGUUCGCGCGGAUGGCGCUCAAGACCGCCGAGCGCACUUUGAAGGAGUCAGAUAGCAGCAGCGGCCAUCGCCGUAAGAGAGCGCGGACCAAGGAGGAGGAUAAGGAGGAAGUGGCCGAGCCAAAGUUUAAUAGACUGGGCUAUAUGUUCACCGAGAUGAUUAUCCAGUUUUCGACCAAGGCUUCCAAGUCGCUGCGGACGGUGUGUGAGAAUAUGAUGGAGGUGUUUUGUACGGUUAUUGGGGAGCCGGAGUUGAAUAUGCUUACGGAAGUGCUGGGGACGAAGGAGAGCUUGGAGGGGUUGAAUGAGUUGUUUAAUGUGGUUGAUGAGGAUGGUGAGGUUGAUGGAGAGUUUGGGCCGGGGGAUGUGGAUAUGGAGGAUGCAGGGGAUGACGAUAGUGAGGAGGAGGAUGACGACGAGAGUAGCAGCGGUAUAGAGGAGGAUGAUGAUGAUGAGGAGGAGGAGGAGGAUGAAGACGAGGAGGAAGAUGAGGAGGAAGAUGAGGACGAGGAUGCACCAGAAGACCUUGUCAAGUUUGAACGGAAGCUUGGACAAGUACUCGGAGUAAAACGCCCGCUCUCAGACGACGAAGAAGACGAAGAAGAGGAAAUGGACGACGAGCAAAUGCUCGCGCUCGACGAUAAGCUCUCGGCCAUGUUCAAGAACCGCGUGAGCUCGAAUCCCAAGAAACCAAAGCAGACGCGGAAGCAGCAAGAAAAGAGCGGGAAGCUGCGGGUGAUUGAGAUCAAGAAUCGGGUGCUUGGACUGCUGAGAGUGUACGUCAACAAGAUCCGGAGCUCGCCGAACGCGAGGAAAGCUGGGAAGUGCCUGCUCUCGCUGCUGUGGCCUAUCCUGCAGCUGGUCAGGUCGAGCGAUGCGCAGAUCGUGCCGGUGGCGGUCAAGUUCUUGAGUAUGUUUUCCGAUCCGUGGCUGGCGAAAUUUGAGUGCGAUCCGCAGGAAUGCUUCGGGCUUCUGAGAUUGAUCAUGGAAGCCUCGGAGCACACGAACGGUGCGCAGUUUACUGAUUGCUGUCGACUGUUGGAGGGCACGUUACGAAGGACAAUCAUCGCGCAAGCUCUUGCCUCAGCCGACGACGACGAGAACCUCAAACAAGAGAACGAGGAAGAGGACAGCGACAGCGACAGUGAAGACGAGAGCAAGACGCCAAAGUCCGCAGCAGCAAGAUGGCUCGACGAGAUCUUUUCGGCAUACCUGGAGCAGAUGCGGCGGUGGGUCGCGAAUCCGAAUAUGCCGAUGGACGGCACAGCUUUCAGCGCUGUGAUCAGAUGGGCGGAAACGGAGCGGAAGGCGCUGAAGACCCGGGCGGCGCAAAAGUAGAGAGAUAGAGAAUAAAGAUGUAGAUUUGUUACUGGUUUGGGACAGAGAGAAAAUAAAGUUAGAGGCGCGUGC